AUCUGUUUGUUUGUUCGUUUACAGAAAGCCUUUAUUUGUGUCCUUUUGGUGGGUGAGGUUAGGGUUAGAUUUAGAUAUAGGCAUAAAAUGAAUUAGCUGCGUUAAUAACUACGUGAGUGGAAGGUCCUCAAAAGGAGAGGAAGACAAAGGUGUGUGUGUGUGUGUGUGAGAGAGAGAGAGAGAGAGAGAGAGAGAGAGAGAGACGAUGUGUCACUUCGCUCCUUUGUCCCUCCUCCAUAGUAAAGCCUGUGCUGAUCAGAAAGCGGCGGAUCUGCACUCAUAACCCCUACAAAGCAGGAUGACCCACAACCGUCCCUUCACGCUCCUUUUCACUUAACCCCCGGUAACCGAUCCGAACCGGCACUCGCUGCAUGUUUCUGCAGACUAGGACACUGCACCCCCUCCCCUCUCCUCUGGAAUAAAAGCCCCAGCAGUCAGUCCCCGCGUCAGCAGCAUGCCCGACGCUGCGUCCGCCAGUAACGGCGCCGAUCCCGACGGCUCGCGCCACCGCCACCGCGCGCAAGCAGAAGCGGAAAAGCCGGAGCAAAGCGCCUCGUGCCAGCCAACGUCUUCUGGCGUUUUAGAUAAACUGUUUGGAAAGAGGCUGCUGCAGGCUGGGAGAUACAUCAUGUCCCAUAAAUCCUGGAUGAAGACGGUGCCCACAGAGAACUGUGACGUACUCAUGACUUUUGCAGACACCACAGAUGACCACACAUUACUGUGGCUGCUGAAUCAUAUACGCCUCGGCAUCCCAGAACUUAUCAUCCAGAUACGACACCACAAACACACAAGAGUCUAUGCGUUCUUCGUCACAGCAACAUAUGAAAAUCUGUUGCGAGGUGCAGAGGAGAUGGGUUUACGGAAAGCAGUGAAGCCAGAGUUUGGAGGUGGAUCUCGCAGCUUCUCUUGUGAGGAGGACUACAUUUAUGAGAACAUUGAGAGUGAAUUGUGCUUCUUCACAUCACAGGAACGCCAGAACAUAAUCAAAUACUGGCUGGAUAAUCUCAGAGCCAAACCAGGGGAGGUCCUUCACAACAUCCACUUUCUUGAAGGGCAGCCCAUAAUCCCAGAGCUAAAAGCACGAGGUGUGAUCCAACAAGUCUUCCCCCUCCAUGAGCAGAGAAUUCUGGGCCAGCUAAUGAAAUCGUGGGUGCAAGCUGUGUGUGAGAAGCAGCCCCUAGAUGAUAUAUGUGAUUAUUUUGGAGUGAAGAUUGCCAUGUACUUUGCCUGGCUGGGUUUUUACACAACCUCUAUGCUGUAUCCUGCUGUGAUAGGAUUUGUACUGUGGAUGCUGACUGAAACUGAUCAGACCAGCAGAGAUAUAUGCUGUGUAGUAUUUGCCCUCUUUAACGUGGUGUGGGCCACGCUGUUCCUGGAGAGGUGGAAACGAAGAGGAGCAGAACUGGCUUACAAAUGGGGCACGUUGGACACACCAGCUGAAUCGCUCGAAGAGCCGCGGCCACAGUUUAGGGGUGUGAAGCGGUGCAGUCCAGUGACGGGCUGUGAGGAGUUUUAUUACCCACCUUGGAGGAGGAGGGUGUUCCGAUGGUUGGUUAGCUUUCCUGUCUGUAUUUUCUGCCUUUGCUUUGUCUUCCUGGCCAUGCUCAUCUGCUUUGAGCUUCAGGAAUUUGUGAUGGGGAUUAAAGAGCUGCCACGGGUGGUGAGGUUUAUCCCUGAAAUCAUACUGGCCAUCACUGUGACUGCAUGUGACGAGGUGUACAGAAAGAUAGCCUGUUGGCUUAAUGACAUGGAGAACUACAGACUCCAGAGUGCCUAUGAAAAAAAUCUCAUCAUCAAAAUGGUUCUUUUUCAGUUUGUAAAUUCAUAUCUCAGCCUUUUCUACAUUGGAUUCUACCUCAAAGACAUGGAGCGUCUAAAGGAGAUGCUUGCAACACUGCUGAUAAUCCGCCAGUUCAUGCAGAAUUUAAAGGAAGUGCUGCAGCCGUACUUGUAUGAGCGCCACCGCCUGGGAGAACUCACUUUGCGUGCUGUAUGGGACCUGCUAGUAUCAGCAUUAAUAAAGUAUGGACGUCUGGCAGUUGGAAGGGCGCAUAUGUCUCCCAGCAAACCCAGCAACCCCGGGCAAGGCCUGCAGGGAAACCAACAAGGUGUUCUGGGCCAACAAGAUCGCCAUGAGCGCAAGUGUUUGAAUGGAGGCUGUGGUGUCCCAGAUGAGGAGCAUGAGGAAGAGGCUGGUGCUAGGAACAGUGCAGAGGAGACAGAGGAGGAGAAUGCCAUCGAUUGUGGCCUCAAACUGCGCAAAGUCAGCUUCAUCGAGAAGGUAGAGCGCAAGUCUGUCGGUUGCAUCAGUCCCAUGGAGGACAGCUUCCUGGAGGAGGGGAGCCCCACCAUGGUCGAGAAGGGCAUGGACCCAUCUUUGGUCUUCGAGAUGUGUGACGAUGACGAUGAUAACGUCAUCCCAGAGGCAAAGGAACAGGCCGCAGAUUCAGCAGGGCCUGAGAGCGGUGUGCCGCCGAAGCUGCGGAAGAGAGGCCGGAGUCUGGAGAGGGCCGACAGUAAGAGCAGGAGAGAGUCAUGGAUGGAUCCCCCUGAAGAGCAGGAGACCAUUACACUCACCCAAGCUGAAAUCGAGAGCUGCAUGCAAACAUAUGAGGACACAUUGCAGGAUUACCAGGAAAUGUUUAUUCAGUUUGGCUACGUGGUUCUCUUUUCCUCUGCCUUCCCACUGGCAGCUAUGUGUGCCCUAAUUAACAAUAUCAUCGAGAUCCGCAGUGAUGCCUUCAAGCUCUGCACAGGCCUCCAGAGGCCAUUUGGCAUGAGAGUGGAAAGCAUUGGACAGUGGCAGACACUAAUGGAGGCCAUGGGUCUCAUAGCAAUCAUAGUGAACUGUUACUUGAUUGGUCAGUGUGGGCAGCUACAGAGGCUCUUCCCUUGGCUGAGCCCUGAGAUGGCCAUCAUCUCGAUCGUGAUCUUAGAGCACUUUGCUGUCUUACUGAAAUAUGUCAUUCAUGUGGCAAUCCCUGACAUCCCCAGCUGGGUAAGCGAAGAAAUGGCCAAACUGGAGUUUCAGCGCAGGGAGGCAUUCAAGAAGCAUGAGCGCCAAGCACAGCAGCACUUCCAGCAACAGCAGAGGAGAAAAAGAGAAGAGGAAGAACGGCAGCGGCAAGCUGAGUACCAGGCCCGGCGUGAGAGAGACGAUGGGCGGCCUGACACCUCUGGAGGGGACCACCAUCAUGAAAAGAGCCAAGGAGGCAAAUCCAGAUCGGGUGGGGGGGGUGGAGGCUCUGUAAGUGACAAACCGAAGAGACCCAGCUCACUGCUGGCCAACAAUAACGUAAUGAAACUCAAACAGAUCAUCCCUCUGCAGAGCAAGUUUUCCUCUGGCACGGCCCGUUCACCACAGUCACCAACGGGGAGCGAACCGAAGCUCCCGGGCUUCCUUAGCUUCAAGUUCCUCAAGUCUCCAGAAAACAAAAAGGAAGCAGCAGCAGGUUCAGCUUCAGCCAAUUCUAGCAUUGCUGCGCUUGGACAGGAGAGAUCACAGUCCCCCAGCAAGUCCUUCAAUCCUGGGAAACUGUUUAAUUUUGGGAAAUCAGAUGGUGGGGCAUGUAUGAAUGGGGCUCAACUCACAAAACCAGGGGAGGGGGUACAGCCAGUGGAGAAGGCGCUAACAAGGUCUGAUCUCAACGAUGUGCCAGACGAGAUCCCAUCACCAGGGGAAGAGGAACAGGAGAACGGACACUCAUUAGACUCCGAGUCCUCAGGCCCUAAAAUCUAAAUCCAAUAAAAAAACACCUACUGUAGAAAAA